AUGUUUUGCGGCCUGUUAGGGGCGCUCUGGAUCUGGAAGUGUACAAUGAUGGUCGUGUUCCAGAACAAAAUCAUCUACAUGCCGGGACUGCCGCCUAAUGCCCGUCGCGAGUCAAUCGAGGACUACGAGGCGCAAUGCUACGGCAUCAAAUGGCGUGAGGAGAAGAUAGUGGCCACUGACAAGACGAAUCUCUCACUAUGUGUGGCUGACGUGGUCACGGGUAGGCCAUCUGGUCGCUCUGAAUCACCAACAGGGGUCGAGGAGGAUCUAGUGCCCGUGUAUAUCCUCUACUUCCAAGUAGGGAAUGCGUCGUCGAUGCCUCCACGGCUUCCCGACCUGUCUUACGUACUGCGGUCCCUGAGGGAUCGUAACCCCAAAUCUAAAUAUGCUUUCACCAUGGUUUGUCUUAGUUACCGAGGAUAUUGGAGGUCCAGGGGCCGACCUACGGAAAAAGGCAUCAACAAAGACACCGAGGCUGCGGCACAAUGGAUCGCCGAUGAGUGUAGUAAGAGUGCCGGCAAACACCAGCCUAUCCUGAUUGUGUGGGGUCAGAGCAUUGGAGCAGGUUUCGCGACUAACCUUGCCGUCUCGCCCAACUUCCCGAAAGGUCUUCGUCUAAAUGCCAUGAUACUCGAGACUCCAUUCCUCUCUAUCAAAGCCAUGCUAAGCACCCUCUACCCGGAGAGAUGGGUUCCGUAUAAGCACUUGUGGCCAUUCCUGCGGAAUCAUCUUGACAAUUGGAAGAACCUGGGACUGUUGGCUGAGCAAAGCAAGGCGGCGGGCAUCGCCCCUCCGCGGGUGUUUAUCUUAGCAGCAGGCAGGGAUGAGCUGGUUCCUGCCGAGCAGAGCGAUAUGCUCUAUCAGCGGUGCGUCGAGGUUGGGGUACCUGUGGAGAAAACGAGUGUCCCGAAAGCUUAUCAUAACGAGUCGAUGAUUCGAGCAGAGGGAAGGCGUGCCGUCGCCGUUGCGAUUGAGAAGGAAGUCGCAGAUGCACUGAAGGCGGAUGGAAAGAGUGGGUCAUCACAAGUGCGGUGA